AUCUCAUCUCACCAAUCUCCCCCAACCCAACCAUCACACAUGAUUUCCCAUCACAUAUGACCCCAAUCUCUUUUCCUUCCAUCAAAACCAAUCUAAAUCCCGAUUGAGAGUCACCACUCAAAAUGUCAGCCCUCACCACCCACGCCGCCAUACCCCCAUCAACCACAUCAACCACAACCGCCCCCUCAACAACCACCACCGCAAACAACAAUAACAAAUCCCGCCAAACACGCACCAACCCCUCGCGCACCUCCAAAACCCAAACCCGCACCUCCUUCGCCUACGGCCGGCACGCGGACAACGCAUCUCCCCCCGAGACGUCGUCCGCUCCGCAUGGGUUCUAUCCCGCGCUGACGCACUUCUCGGAUGCGGUGACGGCGCUGCCGAGGGAGUUUAGGAGGCAUCAUUCGUUGUUGAAGGAGGUUGAUGCGAAGGCUUGGGCGCUGGAGGAGAAUUUGGUGAGGUUGUUGACGGAGUCGGUUUCGGGGUCGGGGGCGGUGUCUGGGGGGAGUUUGGAGAGGGCGCCGAUUAUUGGGGGCGUUGUUAGGGAGGAGUUUUUGAAUACUAAUAACCCCCCCGAACCAGAAGAAAGCAAAAAUCGUCGCCUCCUCUUCGAUCGUGUCCGAACGACCCUCUCCGACCUGAUGAUGACCGCCGAUGAGAAAAAUCACGUCGUGUCCAACGCCAACGACGAGCUCGAUCGCCAGCUGCUCCGUCUGGAUACCAUAUACCCAUAUAUUGCGGGCGAGAUCAGUGAAGAGGCUCGUAUGGGCAGUGUCACCCAUUGGGCGUACUCCAACCGCAACACGGCCAAGCCACCGGCCAACGAGCGUCCGCGCCGGGAGGCCGCGUCCAACAAGGAUCUGGCGCACGCUCUGCACGAGGCCGAGGCGGCGUCCCGGAGUGAAGCCCGACGCGAGGCCGUCCUCGCCCGUCGCCAGCGUCGCACACACGUAGAUUCGGAUAUGGAUGAUACUCGCGGCCGCAAGGGACAAGGUAGCAAGUCGCGGGCCGGAGAAGCUGGCCACGGCGCCCAGACCAAGCGGCGUAAGGUCGAGCGGCCGGCGCCUGUCGACGGGGCUGCCAUGGAGCGGACGACCAGUGGUACGGGUGCUUCUGGGCGAGGGGUGUCCAAGGACGGAGCGGAGGUGAAGAAACGGGCGCGCGCGCCGAACUCGACCGCUGCGCGGAAGCGGAAUAAUACCGGGGUCUCUGUGGCUGAUACGCCUGUCCUCGCGCCGUCCCCUCUGGUUGGGGCUGCUGUUCCCCGCACUCAGAGCCCUGGGGUUGCUCGACCGCAGUCGUCUCGCGCGCAGCAGGGGGCCGCAACGAAUGGGCGGAGACCGGCCUCGUCCGCGUCUAACAGGACCACCAGUCACAACAAGACCGAACCCAAGCCUCCGAAAGAGACGCCCAAGAUGGAGAUCGCACCCACGCAACCGGAUCCCCACCGCAAGGAAGACCCCCCGGAGACAUCGAAGAACCCCAUGCCAAUAAGCACCAAGCGCGAAGACGAGAGCAAGCCAGCGGAGUCAAUCGAACCGCGCGACACGCCCGUCCCAACAACAUCGCACCCAGCGCCCAAAGGACGAUCCUCCAAGACCUCCACACCGGUGACCACAUUCUCCGACGCACACCAGCAACAGCUCCAGCACCAACAACAGCAGCACCACCUCCAACUCCAGAUGCAGCACCAACAGCACACCCACCAGCAGCAUCAGCAGCGCGUGCGCCCAACCCGCAACACGGACCCGGCCCCCGCCAAACGAUCGCACAAGAAAAACGGCAGCAUACCAGCAGCGGUGGUGGCGCGGGCGCCGUCGGAAGAAGAAGAGUCUUCCCUGCACGAGGGCGAAGGCGACGACGAAGACGACGACGGCGAGCCGCGGUACUGCUACUGCAAUGAGAUCAGUUUCGGCGAGAUGGUUGCGUGCGAUAAUGACGCUUGUCCACGGGAGUGGUUCCAUUUGUCUUGUGUGGGGUUGAGCAAGCCUCCUGGGAAGAAUGUGAAAUGGUAUUGCAAUGAAUGCAAGGAUAGUAUGCGACGGAGCAGGAGUGGGCGGUGAUACUACUAGAUUGAGGAUAUGAUAGACAUGCAGUGGAAUCAAUUUAUGUCAGAGUCAGGUUAAGGUAGAUAAUGCUACUUACUACA